CCCUUUUCCCCCAAAUUCUGCUGGGCCAUGAAGGCUGGUGUCGCCGCCCUGACAGCGGGCAUCCUGGGCAGCACGGCCAUGCUGCUCUUCCUGCUCGCCUUUGGGACGGACUACUGGCUGCUGGCUGCGGACACAUGCGGGGUCAUCAGGGACGGAAACAGCACGCACCAGUCCAGAGAGGCAGACACACUGGCGGAGGCUGGGACGCAGAUCCUCACUUUCCAUCACGAGGGCUUCUUCUGGCGGUGCUGGUUCUUCGGCGAGGGCCAGUCCACAACCAUCUGGACCUUCUGGUACACCAGCCAAGCGCACCCCAAGCACUGCAUGCACGGCUACCUGUUCCCCAUGCCCAUCGUCCUGGGGCCUUUCCCACAUCCCUCCUAUGACACGACUGCAGUGUACAGAGGCUUCUGGACGGCGUUCAUCAUACUGGCCGUGGCUGCUGGCCUGGUGGGAGGACUGCUGCUGGUGUGUGGUGUGCCCUUCGUCAGCGCCAGGUCCCACAAAGUGGGCGGAGGGUUCCUGAUAGCCUCAGGAAGUUUAUUUCUCCUGCUCAUUUUCCUCUUCGUGCUGUGGAAGGAGUUUGUGGCCGAUUUCCAAAAGUACAUCCUCCUGGAGAGGAGCGAGGUGUGCCUGCAGGAGGCUCCUGUACACGUGUUCUAUGGCUGGUCCUUCUUCCUUGCUGCCGCCGGCGUGCCCCUGUCGCUGCUCUCUGGGCUCCUCUUCUUCCUGAUUGGCAGAGAAAUGGCAGAGUCACUUGAGUAAGAAAAGGUGCUGAGGAACUCUUGGAGAAGAUUAUUGAUGCUCCUUGUAAUGAAACAUACACAAGUUUUGAAGAUUAUGUCAUUUUUGUAGCUGUAACUAUUGGCGUAGGUGCAUGAUUGAAGUCAGUGUUAUGUGGAGGCAGGGGUGGAGGACUUAGCAUGCAAACACUCUCAGUCCUGUAGGCAUCUCUCUGGACUGUGCAGCAGUUUCAGGUGGAGGACCAGCCUUCGCUGUGGCCGGCAGCCACCACGGCUCGCCGCUGCCAGCGCGGCCCCGUCCGUGUUCAGCAGCACUGGAGGUUCCCAGCAUUCCCAGCAUCCUCGUUUCCUCUAAGAGGUAAUCAAAUGUGGCUGUGGGGGUGUAUGCUCUGACAUCUUUUUCUGAGAAGCAAUUAAGAAUGAUUUUUUUUUUUAGCUAGCUCUAAUUGACGUCAAAGGACAACCAUUUUAAUGGAAUGUCUGGAAACAUGAGAGUUCUUUUCAUUAAAAGCCCUGAUUCUGAAGAUA